AUGAAGCCGGAAUCCAUCAUCCUUGCUGUCAUCGUACCAUUGGCACUCUCCACUGCUGUGCCCGACAAGAAAGAUAUUGACAUUGAUGACUUGAACCAGAAAGAAGUCCUUGAUCCGCCUAAAGUAUGCAAGCUUAAGGCUCCACGACAGCACUGGACUUUUCCUUGCGCUUGUUCAGAGGAUUCUGGAACCUGGACCAAGAGUUCAAACAUUAGGCUUGUAUGCCACAGCAAGGACAAAUUUAAUAACUGGUGGUAUCAGACCAAAGCCGGAGAAUGGGUCCAAAACAUGUUUGGGCAGUGCGAGAAUCCUACUGCUAUCAAAGGCCAGCCAGACUGCGAACUCUAA